UUGACAUUUGACUUUUUUUGAGAACUAAUACUUGCUGAUGUUUAUAUUUAAUAUAUCUCAGUUUAUAAUAACAGUAUAAUGGCUUCAUCGUCUUCAUUAGAAAAUUUAGAAACUCAAUUAGAAAUGUUUAUCGAAAACGUUCGUCAAAUUCAUAUUAUAGUUAGUGAUUUUCAACCACAAAGUCAAAAUGUUUUGAAUCAAAAACUACAAGCAUUGGUACACGGCCUUCAAGAAGUAGACAAAUUGAAAUCCCAAGUACAAGAUGUCCAUGUUCCUUUAGAAGUAUUUGAUUAUAUAGAUCAAGGACGCAAUCCUCAACUUUACACAAAAGACUGCAUAGAAAAAGCUUUAGCUAAAAAUGAACAGGUCAAAGGAAAAAUUGAUGCUUACAGAAAAUUCAAAGCUAAUAUGUUACUUGAACUUAGUAGAACAUUUCCCAAUGAGCUAAACAAAUAUAGAGCAUUAAGAGGAGAUGAAUAAUUUUUAAGAUAUGUAAAUAAGUAAAAAUUUAACGUAAUUAUUUAUUGUUUUAAUACAUAUUGAUAUAAAUCUUAACCAAUAAAUUCAUUUUGAGUGUUUUAUGACGUGUUUUAUGAUUUAUAAAACACUAAAGUUUUAUAGACCUCAUUAAAGGACAUUAAGUAAUUGAAUGAUUACCUUAUUAUACAAAGCAUUCCAAUUAAAACUAAUUACUGAACAAA